AUGUCAAGAGCAAAGAAUAUAGGACCAUGUACAAUAACCAGUUAUGAAGGAACUAAUAGAUUUUACAAAAUGACUCAUUAUACUAUUGAGAAAAUAAGAUUUAAAGAUUUAGAAAAUAAAUAUAACUUUAUAAAAGAGGGUGACCAAUUAUGCUCUAAACAUUACCUGGAUAUAGUUGAGCCUGAUAGAAAUAACAGAAACAAAAAUUCUAGUGAAUCAAAUUUUCAAAGAAUUGAUGAUUCAUAUAGUGGAUCUUCAUCUAGCCAAUUAAUUAAUAUGUCUGCUAAUGAAUUGGAGUGGUCAGAUAUUAAAGUUAAUUAUACCAAUGAAAAUGUUAUUAUGUCAAGGGAAGAUUUUUCAUUAUUAGUCAAAAAUAUAGAACAAAUGAAAUUCCAGCUUGACAAUCAACUCUAUUAUGUGGAGGAAAAUGAAGAUUCUAGUUUUGAUAGUGAAAUCAAUAGUGAAAAUGAUCCUACCUUUGUAUCAAAAUUUGAAAUUUUAAGCAAGGUCCUUUACAAUCAGCAAAGAAAAUUAAAAAAUAGUACCAAAUUGGAUCCUGAGGAAUUUUCUGAUAUGAUAACACAACAGGAUGAAAGAUUAGAAGGUUUUUUUAAUGAAAUGGUUGAAGCAAUUAUUCCAAGUGGAAGAAAAGAAAAAAAUAAAGAUGAUGCUAAAAGAUCAAUUGUAGCAUUUUGUUAUUUGCUGGCAGGUCUAUGUAAUAAAUUCAUAAAUUCUGUAAAACUUGAUAUUGGUUUAUAUCUUGUUGCUGCAGGAACAAGUUGUACUGCAAUAGACACUUUGUCUAGAAUUGGGAUUACAACCAGCUACAAAAAUAUUGAGAAUUAUAAAAAACAAUUAGCAAGUGAUCAUCCAAAAAAAAUUAAUGAAUAUUUUCAUGAAAAU